AUGAAUAAAGCUGAUCCAUUGUGUGUCCAGUUGUUAAAAAGUUUAAUUCUAUGCAGCGAAAAAGCUGCCGUAAUAGCCCGUACAAUUAAAAGACAAACUGGUAUCUUUCAAACACUUGUUCAAGUGAAAGAUUCAACUGAGGCUAAUUUAAGAUUCAGCGUAGAUGUCAAAACUUUGGCCGAUGUAUUAAUUCAAGAAGUUGUAAAGUACGACCUAAAUUUACUUUUUCCUGGAUUCAAUAAUUCGGUGUUUGGUGAAGAAAAUAAUCGUUUUUCUGGUAGUUCCGGUAAAACAGUGACAAUUCAACUAUCUUCUAGAGAAAAUCUCGCUGAUCUUUUAGUUGAUGUUUUAGGCAACGAUUUAGAUUUUGCAAAUCAAUUAAGUGAAAUUUGUUUUCGACCGCUAGAAUCGUUUCAGACACAAUUUUCAGUGUGUAAUAUUUGGGAAGAUUUGAUCUCCAAUUGUAAUUCACUAUUUAAAAUAACCGAUAUAAAAUAUUCUGAUAUUGGAACAUUUGGUGUAUGGAUCGAUCCAAUAGACUCAACAGCUGAUUAUGCUCAAGAUCAAUUUGAUAAAUUUCAUUUUAUUUCAACUAAUUCAUCAUCUACUCAUUUAUCUGGUAUAGAAUUAGAUAAUCUAAAUCAAAUUAAUCAUUUUUUUGAUAAUCCAACAAGUUUAAUACGUUUCUAUCAUGGUAGUCUUAUUAAUGUUACAAUUUUAUUAGGUUUAUUUGAUUAUUCAAAUGGUUUACCAUUAAUUGGUGUUAUAAAUCAACCAUUCUAUUUAAAUAAUAUAAUCAAUUCACUUAAUAAUGAUAAUCAUUUAUCAACUGAUGAAAUAAAUUCAUUGUAUAAUUAUGGAAGAAUAUUUUGGGGUUUCAAUAUUAUUGAUUCUGGAAAUUCUUUACCUAUUACUAAAUAUUCAAAUAAUUGUUCUAAAUCAGCUUUAUUGAAUCCUUUGGAUAAUUUAAAUUCACCUAAAUAUCUACAUUUUCCAGAUAAUUUUUUUGAUGUACUUUGUCCAGAUCGUGUAUUCAAUGAAGAGAAACCAAUUUUAAAACUUGCUUGUAGUUCUGUAGAAUUUAGUCGUUUGACUAAUUUAUUCCAUAACUAUAAAGAUGCCAAUCAAGAUUUAGUCAAUGUUGUGUUUUUGUCAUCAUCCGGAGCUGGUUUUAAGCAAUUAUGUGUGAUAUUAGAUCAAGUGGACGCAUUUAUUUUAAUGGAACCAAAUACAUUUAUAUGGGAUACAUGUGGACCACAUACAAUCAUGAAUUCAUUAGGUGGUGGUAUUAUUCAAUUAAAAUAUGCAUUAAAUUCUAUUAAAUUAUUAUUAUUACAAAAACAAUUAUCAAAUAAUUACAAUAUAAUCAUUCAAUUAAUAAUGAAUGAUUUACAUAAAUAUCAAAUUAAUUACAAUAUUAUAAAAUCAUCAGAAGAGAUACAAACAGUCAACUCGGUCAAUCUUUCCAAAUGUUGCAAUCGUAAUGGCUUAUUAGCUUAUCGUAAUCCAUUGAUAGCUAGUCAAAUUCUUCUUCAUAUUGUAUUAAAUCAAAAAUAGAAACAUUCAACAAUAGAUUCAUACACAUACACAUAGAGACAGGUAAAGAAGAAAAAGUUUAGUAAGGAACUGUGACACAUUUCUUUCUUCGUUUUUUUGUUAAAUCACAAAUGGAUCAUUGUCCUUUUUAACCAUAGAAACAAGAAGAAAAAAGAAAAAGAAGAAGAAGAAUAUAAGUAACAUAUUUCGUUUUUCUCUCAUUCCAUGUAAUAAACAAUCAUAUAUCAUUAACACAGUGUGAUUAUGGAUUGAUUAUGGAUUAUUAUGUAAUUCAUUAUUACCUUAGUCACAAAGAGAAUAAAUUAACCAAGUAUUUAUGAUCAACGUAACUAAAUGAUGAUUAGCGUUGUGUUCUUUUUUUCUAGCGAGUUAGUUUUCUAUGAGAUAGAUUCACUAACCCCUAUGUCCAAUCCUCCUCUUUUACUUGCGAUUGAGAUCAGGAUCGGCAGUAACUCCAGAAAAGCUAUACGUAGAAUUAUAAAUGAUGAUAACUUAUCAAUAAAUCAUGAUAGAUGUUAAAUAGAAUGGAUACAAUUGAUCAUCAUUCAAUAAAUAAUAGAUCAAUAAUUUACAAAUAUUCAAUCAAUAAUUCUAUACACAUGAGGUUAUUGUAUUGAUCGUUUAUUAUGCAGUUUUAUUUUGUUCUUUAUCAUAAUGAAUUGAUCAUUAUUUUUGUUGUUGUUG